UGCGGCAGGGGACGCCGGCCGCAGGUCUGCGGGGAUCCGGGCAGUGUUCCCUGAGGUACAGGGCAUCGUGGUCACCUCACGGCCAGGCCCUGGUGUCCGCGGCAGCUUCCGCCCUGUCCUGCGCCGCCCAGCGACUUCCUCCACCCCCGUCCCAACCCGUGACUAGUGAUAGAUACAUGACAACCCUGGACUCAGCUGCACGGACUCAGCUUCUCCAACAGGACAGUGUGGGGCCACGACCGUGCCUUGGAGUGUGAUGAUGCCGGCCAAUGCUGAGGGCCCCUCAGAGAGUGUCUUUGACCUGGACUAUGCCUCCUGGACAAUUCGCUUGACAUUGGUGGGUGCCGGCUUUGUCUUCUACCUGGGUGUCUUUGUGGUCUGCCACCAGCUCUCCUCGUCCCUGAACACCACCUACCGCUCUCUGGUGGCCAGAGAGAAGGUCUUCUGGGACCUGGCGGCUACGCGUGCCGUCUUUGGUGUCCAGAGCACAGCCGCGGGCCUUUGGGCCCUGCUGGGGGACCCAGUGCUGCAGCAGGACAAGGCACUUGGGCAGCAGAACUGGUGCUGGUUUCACAUUACCACCGCCACUGGGUUCUUCUUCUUUGAGAACGUCGCUGUGCACCUGUCCGGUUUAUUCUUCCGCAGCCUCGACGUGUUCCUGGUCAUCCACCACCUCUUUGCCUUCCUGGGCUUCCUGGGUUUGGUGACUAACCUGGGAGCUGGCCACUACCUGGCCAUGACUACCCUGCUCCUGGAGAUGAGCACCCCUUUCACUUGUACUUCCUGGAUGCUGCUGAAGGCUGGCUGGUCUGACUGCCUCUUCUGGAAGCUCAACCAGUGGCUGAUGAUCCAUAUGUUCCAUUGCCGCAUGGUGCUCACCUAUCAUAUGUGGUGGGUGUGCUUCUGGCACUGGGAUGGCCUCAUCGCCAGCCUCUACCUGCCCCACUUCGCCCUCUUCCUGGUGGGGCUAGCCCUGCUCACAUUCGUUCUCAAUCCUUACUGGACCCACAAGAAGACGCAGCAGCUUCUCAAUCCGGUGGAUUGGAACUUUGCACAGCCCGCAGCCAAGGGCAGCUGGCCCGAGGGAACCAAUGGACAGGUGCUGCAGAAGAAGAGGCUGUAGCUGCCCUGGGAAAGCCCCUGGCAUUGGGCACUGCCCAUAAGGACUGGCUGCACCAGGUGGCAGAUAUUGCCCAUCUUGCUCUAAGUGAACACUAACCUGCUGCUUGUUUCUAUCAGUUGUCAAAUAGCUGCAAGGAUGUCUCAGAGCUUAGGGCCGACUGCUGGCUGCCGCCUGAGCUGCCCAGGUUGGAGAUGUUUGGCAUUAAGGACGGAAGCCUAUGGUGUCCUGGUUGCUGAAGAAGGACGCACAUGGCCGUCUUUAUGUGAGACAUGUCACAGAGGGCUUGUCUCAUGUGCAUGUCUUGUGUUUUGAGGCAUUAUAUCCUUUUUGUUUGGAAGAAAUGGACCUAAGAAAAUAACCCAAUUUGUUACCCUACUAAAAUUUCCAAUGUGUGGAAGUUUAAAACCACUGGUAGAACAGUGCCAUCUGGUGGCAACCAGUAUAAAGACAUCUUGGGGUAACUGCCCUCCAGGGGAACCCUGACAUAGGGUGGUGUGGUCCUGUGGGAGCUGCGUCCCCUGGGCUGACAAGGAGGUGGGUGUCUUGUGGGUGCAGAGCACUCUGAUCUGACAGGGAGAUGGGAGGAGGUGUCCUAUGGGAGCAGAGCCCCCUGGCCUGAGAAGGAAGUGGGAAGGUGUCCUGUGAGAGCAGAGCCCCCUGCCCUGACAGGGAGGUGGGUGUCCUAGGGAGCAGAGCCCCCUGGCCUGAUAGGAAAGUGGGUGUCCUGUGGAACACCCCUUAAAAUAGGUUUGCUAUGGUUGACAUGAAGUCUUUUUUUUUCAAUCAGGAAACCUUUUUGAAACGCAGUUUAUUUAUUUGUUUGUUUUGCACUUUUCAGCUGACAAAGUGCAGUUGUUGAGUAGACAGUGGUGUGUUAUGCCCAGGAAGAGUCUGCACCCCAACCCAGCACUGCUCCUCAUGCAUACAGUAGUCCCCCACAUUUGUGUGUAUGUAGCUGUGUAUAUAUGUAUGUCUGCACAUGUGUGUAAAUGUGUUUGUGCAUGUGUGCAAGCAGACAUACAAGCUUCCUUCGUGUCAGGUGCAGCUCGACCAGUGCCCAUUCAGAUCAAGCUGUGUGUUUCAUGUCUCAUUUUGUCCCCACCAAGGAGGUGACCCAAGUCCCACCGCUCCCAUGGGCGGCUCUGUACUCUGGUCCAUUUGUCUAUCCGUGGUCAUCUGUGUGCUCUAGCCAGGGACAAGUUUUAAAAAACACCUGCUGUGUUCCAUGGGACCCUUGGUUCCUUCCCUAAUAAACGUAUGUGCUGUCCUGCCA